GGCCCGCAGGGGGCAGGGGGGCGAGGGGGGUGAGGCCGCCAUGGGCUUGCUGGACAAGCUGCGCAAGGAAUGGUUCCUCAUCGGCAUCGUCGCGGCCAUCGGCCUGGCGCGGAUGGAACCCAGCAUCGGCGUCAAGGGCGGGCCCCUGAAGCCGGAGGUGACCAUCACCUACGUCGCCGUCUCGGCCAUCUUCUUCAACAGCGGCCUCUCGCUCAAGACGGAGGAGCUGACGAGCGCCCUGCUGCACGUGCGGCUGCACAUGCUGGUGCAGGGCUUCACGCUCGGCUUCUUCCCGCUCGCCGUGUGGCUGCUGCUGCGGCUGCUGGCGCUCACGGGACUCAACCCGUGGCUGCUGCAAGGGUUGCAGGUGGUGGCCUGUAUGCCCCCGCCGGUCUCCUCCGCUGUCAUCCUCACCAAGGCCGUGGGGGGCAAUGAGGCUGCGGCGAUUUUCAACUCGGCGUUUGGGAGUUUCCUGGUGAGAGAAGCGUGCGCACACAUGGGCAUUCAUCCGUCAUCGGCCACACACUCUCUCUGCUUUUACCCACGGCGCCGCGCCAGGGUUCAGCCCCCGCUCGCCGCGGGCCCCCCGCGCCGCGCCGCCGCAUUAGUCACGAGCGUCUGCGAGGACGAGCGCUCGGGCCGGCUGAUCCUCCUCAUCCAGCUCAGCUUCAUGUUGCUCACCUUCAUGAUCUCCACCAGGGACGGUUCGAGUUUCACUCCGGCCGACACGGUCGCCAUCGUCUUCUGCUCGACCCACAAGUCGCUGACGCUCGGUGUGCCCAUGCUGAAGAUCGUGUUUGCGGGGAUGCCGCAGCUUUCGCUGCUCACCGUGCCGCUGCUCGUCUACCACCCGACGCAGAUCCUGCUGGGCGGCCUGCUCGUUGGCACCCUGCGCCCCUGGAUGCUGUCACGGCAGCGGGGCCAGUCUCUGCGGCUACCCAGGCUGCUCCCGUGACGGUGCCACGGAGGCUCCGGUAGUGCCAGGCCGCGUUUUGGCCUGCGCCCGUUGCCAUCUCCGCUUGCCGGUGGCGCAAACACACGAGAGGGACUCGUGGGCGAUGCCACGGCGGCUCCUCCCGUCCUCCAAUGUGACUUUGGCACCAGCUCUGCUCUCCUGCUGAGCGGGUGGCACGGAGUUUGGGGGCAGGGCCCCGUGACCAGGGCCCCGUGACCAGGGCCUGGUGACCCACGCCUCACAAACACCGCACGCACGUGAGGGCGAGAGCAACCCCAUUGUGGUGAAGGUGUGGACUUUUGGUGGUGUUGGUGGUCUGGGUUUCGUAGCUGUACCUUGGCCGUUAUGGGUGUUAUUUGAAGGUUGUUUUACCCGUGGUCGUUAUGCAGGGAGGUGGAUGACUCGGAGACGAGAAUGCGAUUAAACCGACACGGAGAGAGGUUUCCUUGACCCUGCGAAUCACUCAUUACCAGGGUCUUGUCAUCCGGGGUGGGCCGGGAAGGGAAUAGAUACGUGGUUAGAGCGUUUUUCGUGUUGGAGUGGUUUAGCCUUCAGAGCCAUCUCUCAUCCCAAAAAUCACUCCCACCACCACACCCCCCAACUUCACCACCACUCGCAUCACUCCAAAUCCAUGGCUCCCCCCAACUUCACCACCACUCGCAUCACUCCCCCCAACUGCACCAUCACUUCCCUGACUGCACCACAGCGGCGCGGCUCCAAGACGCGUCUCCCGUUACCACCCUGAGAGCUGUAAAUGUGGUAAUGGGGGCGACGUCCGCUGCCCUGCGCUUGCGAGGGGGGCCCCGGCGACCCCGCAAAUCGGGUUACCGUGGGGUAACCACAUUACUCCCCUGCGCGACAAUUGACACCACUCACACCAUGCCCAUGUGUUACGCAUACAGAAGACCGUAUAGCCUUAGCAGACUUGGGGCAAGUGCUGUUAGCAAGCACCAAGGCCGGAAGAAGAGUUGGGUGGUCAGCACCACACCCGGCCAGCAUAUACUCGUGAUAAAUUCGGACAAACUCGGGUUUGUUUCGCAGUCCGCCAGCAACGACACCAACACCCACCCACUUUGUCUUAGCACAAAUAUCCCGUCUCGCCAUUACAGACUGAAGAAAGUGCUUUUAGCGAGCACCUUAAAGGCCGGCAUGGCACACGAGGUGGUGGGUGGCCAGCCUUUUGUCUCCCCAAUGGCAAUGUUUACACACCGCACCAGGUACUCAUUUUAGGCAGAGUCAACCUAGGGGAGGCCAAUGACCGGUUCAGAUAAUCGUCACCGGUGUUGAGCGGGAAACGAACUCUGGUCGCCGGGUUUGUAGCACACUUGUACACACACUCAUACACAUGUACACAGAGCCCAUGUGAAAAAUGCCUUGACACUUGGUAAAAGUUCUUUUGGAAAAACUU